GGGAACAUGAAUCAACUGGAGAACCGUCAGCCGCUAGUUCAGGUGGCCGUGUGGACACUCGGCGAGUACGGAGAAGCGGGCCAUUUCGAUGAGAACGAGCUAAUCGAGCAUUAUCGGCAGCUUUUGUGGGCUCCGCAGCUUUCCAUCACUACCAAGCAGUACAUUCUGGUGUCCCUGGCGAAAAUCAGCGUCCGCAUGGAGCAUUGUACCGCUAACAUCCAGAACAUCAUCAACUCGUUCCGGGUCCACCUGAACAUAGAUCUGCAGCAGCGGGCCGUGGAGUUCAACCAACUGUUCACCAGCCAUCAGCAUCUGCGGGCAGCCAUCCUGGAGAAGAUGCCAACGCUCAAGAUCACCGACAUAUCCACCUCCGAGUACAACUCCGACUUUGCACUGACGACGACAACCGCUACUUCAUCUUCUUCGCCUUCUUCGGGGGAGUCAUCGGCAGAAACAAGUCCAGGCCAGGGAACGUCCCCCAGCAAGGAGCCAUCGAAUCAAGACAUAUUACUGGACUUGUUGGGAGAUUCCUUCGUAAGCAGUUCAUCAACGUCGGAAACAGCAGCUACACCUAGUCCUCUGCAACAGUCAACACCGCUUGAGAUUGGAACUCCCUCAAAUGUAUUGUCGCCAAACAGGGACAUCCUCGAUCUGUUGGGUUUAUCAAAUAAUAAUAAUCAAGAUUCAGGACUGUUUGUGAAUCCAUCGUCAAGUGAUGCAGUAUUUAACGGCUUAAACAAUAACUAUGUCCAGCCUUCGGUUCCAGUUGGAUCACAGGAAUAUUCCGCAACCACCAUAUCGGUUUACAGCAGGGACAAUAUUGACAUACGGUUCAUUUUGAAACGUGAACAGGACCAUGCCGUGGUGACGGUUAAAACGACUAACAACUCGCUUAAUAUGCUGGAGAAGUACAUGUUCCAGGUGGCUGUUCCUAAAUCGUUUACCAUCCAAAUGUUGGAACCCUCUAGCACCGUCAUGCUGCCAGGGGAAUCUGUAGUGCAGGAUAUCAACGUAUACCGAACGGCGGGACAACCACCUGGGGCCUCGCUCCGGAUGAAGGUUCGCUUCUCGUACGAAAACGGCAACUACUCGAUGAUGGAACAGGCCGAGGUCAACGAUUUUCCCCCGGAUCUGUUCCUAUGAAUGGGGGAGUUUCCGCCGCCCAGAAAGCGCAAAACCCUGGCCGAUUACCAUUGCUCAAAGGGCAUCGCGAUGAUCGUCACCAUAGCCUCAGCUUCAGCAGCAGCAGGAACAGGACAGCACGAAAAGCAGGGCACAAUUUUCCACACAAUCCUUUCUAGAUCUACUAAAUCAAACUACAACCACAAACUAACGACUGCUACAGCAACAAGUGAUUUCGGGUACGUCUAGCGAACGCUCUGAAUAAUAAAAAUAAUACGCAAAACUGAAACUUCGGCUCAAUCAAACUUGUUUCUAAUCAUUAUUAUUGUUGAUAAGAUUUUAUCGAAAAGAAGAAAAUAUAGAAUGUUUUAUUGUAGAGUUUUAAACUGAAAUUACACAAGUGCAUAUAGAUAAUUUAAAUAAAUACCAAUUCAAACUGUCACGUCCCGCAUGUUCGCUUCAUUUCUGGUCCUCGCCUGGUUGUUUUACUUCUUCACACACAGGAAAGAAAACUCUCGACUUGGUUGGGUGCGCUGCUAGUUGUAAUGAACGAAGAAGCUAAACGACUUAAUCUCGCUCAAUCCGUGGGAUUUUGGAUCACAAUCAGCAGGAAGUCCUUAUCUGGGGCCACCAUAAUCUCGUGCUUCUUCGAGCGAACCCUCAGGAAGGUGAGAUCGUUCGAUGGAUCCAGAUCACGAACCACGCUCCGG